AUGGAGACCGUUCCCUUCACGCUCGACCUCCCAACAUGCCUAUGCACGGCAUUCGCACUGUCCAUGAUGCCAAUUGCCUACUUCUUCAGCACGGCCUUGAUCCCCUCCACCGAGAAGCGCAAUCGCUUCCUCUUCUUCUGGCAUGCCUACGAUGCCCUCACUCACCUCUUCGUCGAAGGCUCCUUCCUCUACGAAUGCUUCACUAGCUACGUCUCCGUCCCCGCCGGCCUCAACCGUGAACCCUUCUUCCUCGGCAUAAAGGACCGCGUCUACGGCGCUGCAUACGGUACUGGUCCCAGCGCGCGCCUGUGGCAAGAAUAUGCAAAGGCGGAUUUCCGCUGGGCGACCGCGGAUGCUAAUGUGGUUGCGCUGGAGCUUCUGACGGUUUUCCUGGGCGGGCCUGCUGCUAUUUACAUUUGCUAUCUGUUGUGGAAGUCGUCGAGUAGCCGAACCACGGCUUCGUCGCGUGGUGCGGCCAAGGCGAAGCUGUGGCUUGUUGCACCGGCGUUGGCGACUGCUGAAUUGUAUGGGGGCUGGAUGACGUUUGCGCCGGAAUGGCUUACGGGCAGCGCGCAGUUGGAGACCGGGAAUGCGGUUUAUUUGUGGUUCUAUUUGUUCUUCUUCAACACGCUGUGGGUGUGGAUUCCGGGUUGGAUUUUGUGGGAAUCUGCUAAGGAGCUUCGCGCUGCGUUUGUGACUGCCGAAACUGACGAGCGCAAGAGCCAAUCGCCUCCCUCUUCUUUCAUGCACCUCACUUUUAUCCUACUGUCCUGCUCAACAGCAAUUGCAUUCUGUACUGCAUACACUACUGUAUCUAUAAUGUCUUACAACGCCUACCCUCCUCACCAACCGUACGGCCAUCCUCCGCCGCAGGGCUACCCCGGUCAACCCCCCUAUCCCCAGCAACAGCCUGGUUUCGGCAGCCCCCCUCCACAGGGCUACUAUCCCCCGCCGCAGGGCCAAUUCGGCCACCCUCCUCCCCAAGCCGGCUACGGCGCACCACCACCACAAGCACCCUACCCCCCAGGUCCCGGCUUCCACGGCCCCUCGCCACAGCCUCCAUUUGGUGGUCCCGGAUAUCCUCAACAUGGAGGACCAGGACCAGUCCCAGGACCCUACGGCGCACCACCCGCCCCAGCCGGACCAAGCCACUUCGCGCCGCCCCCAAUGCCCCACGGUCCCCCCGCGAUGCCGUCACUCGGCUACAGCCCGGGCCAAAUGGCCCCCGGCGACUUCCGCCAACAAGCAGAUCUCCUCCGCAAAUCGAUGAAGGGCUUCGGAACCGAUGAAAAGACACUCAUCCAGGUCCUCGCGAAGCUCGACCCAUUGCAAUCUGCCGCUGUCCGCUCGACAUACUCAUCGCACAUCAAGCGCGAUCUGCACAAAGACGUCAAGUCCGAGACAAGCAGCUACCUCCGCCAGGGCCUGCUCGCCAUCAUCGACGGACCGCUCAUGCACGAUGUCGCGCUCGCAAGGGAAGCAGUCGAGGGUAUCGGCACAAAAGAAUGGCUCCUCAACGACGUCCUCCUAAGCCGUUCGAACGCAGACCUUAACGCCAUUAAAACAGCCUACGAACACACAUACCGCCGCUCCCUACAAAAGGACGUAGAAGGUGAUCUGUCCUUCAAGACUGCAACGCUCUUCGCGAAUGUUCUCCGCGCAAACCGCCACGAGGAAUCCACCCCAAUUAACCCGCAACUCGUGCACGACGAAGCAAAAACCAUUCACAACGCCACUUCCGCGCGCAUAGUCAACAACGUCGAUGAAGUCUGUGGUAUUUUCGCACGGUCAUCAGACAACGAGAUCCGGGCGAUCAACCGCGCCUUUACAGACCGGUACCACACCUCUCUCGAGAAACACCUCGAGAGCCAGUUCUCAGGACACAUGAAAGACGCAUUGCUGCACAUGCUGCAGACCGCGCUGGACCCUGCUAUGCGCGCCGCAGACCUUAUGGAAGAUUGCAUGAAGGGCAUGGGCACCAAGGACGAGAAGUUGGUUGUGAGGGCUGUGAGGGUGCAUUGGAAUCGGGCGCAUUUGGACCAGGUCAAGGGUGCUUAUCGGCUUAAGUAUAAGACGGAGUUGGCUGCUAGAGUGCGCGGGGAGACGAGUGGGGACUAUGGAAGGUUGAUGGUUGCGUUGGUUGAGUAG